AUGGAAAGUGGCGACGUGGAUCACUCCCUAAGGCACUUUCAAUUGUUACAAGAAACUCAAAGUCAAAUCGAGAUCUUAAAUAACCAAAUCGCCAAGAUCAACAAGCACAUUUCCACCCAAAAGAUCAAAAGCAAACGAGCCGAAACCGGAAUUGAAGUGCUAAACUACACGCGUGAGGAUCAAAAGGUAUACAAGCAAGUCUCCAGGUUGCUAAUUCUGAGAGACAAGGUAGAGUUAAAAAACGAAUUUGAACGCGAAAAGGAAGAUUCUCUAGCGGAUUUGCCAAAGCUAGAGGGUGUAAAGAAUCAACUGGUUGCCAAACUUGGAGGUCUAAACGCUCAGUUUGUUGAAUUAAGUAGGCAGAUUAGAGAAGCACAAUCAGUGUAA